AUUUUUAGUUGUGCCUUGUGAGUUUUUGAAUAAAGAUCAAACUCAUAAUUUUUCUGAAAACAUUUUCUUAAGAUAAAACCGUUUAGUUCAGAAAUAUGAAAUACUUUCAUGUGAUAUUAGUGUUCUUUCUUGGUAGUAGUAGUUUGGUUAAUUCUGCUAAUAUUUUGGGGCUGAUGGGAAUACCAUCGCCAAGUCAUCACAUUUGGAAUAGUGUCCUGCUCCGAAGAUUAGCCGAACUCGGUCACAAUGUGACAGUUCUGUCAGUUGAUAUGCCAAAACCUCAGGAAAAACUACCACCAAAUCUGCAUUACAUUCAUUUGGAAAAAGGCUACUCGAUGUAUGACAGUGAAUUUAAGUUUGACAUCACAAGUUUGAUUGGAAUCCGACCAUUUGAUUCGAUUCCCAUGUUCUAUGAUGCCGGUUGGAAGACUUGUCUUGGCCUUUCACGAUCAAAAGGAAUGAAACAGCUUUUGGAUUAUCCCGACAAUUUUAAAUUCGAUUUGAUUUUCAAUGACUACACUCUUGGUCCGAUGCUCUUGGGAUUUCUUCACAAGUUCAAAUAUCCACCAUUGAUUGGGGUAAGUGCGUAUCUCAAUCCUCCCAAUACAAUAGAUGGAAUGUCAAGUCACAAUUACCCAGCUUAUGUUCCCUAUCAUACGACAAGUUUUACUGGAGAAAUGAGUUUUUGGCAACGAUUCGAGAACACGCUGUUAUUUAUGUUCGAUACAGCAUAUCGUCGAUUGAUAUAUUACCCCAAAAUCGAUUCAAUUAUGCGGCCCUACUUCUCCAAAGAUAUGCCAACACUAGCCCAAUUGGAAAAACACACAAAACUCUCGAUGGUUAACUCACAUCCAGUUAUAACCUAUAUUGAACCAGUGCCACCAAAUAUUAUUGAAAUCGGUGGGAUGCAAGUUCUCGAUGCCAAACCAUUGCCUCAGGAUUUUGAGAAUUUCCUUAACAAUAGUCGGAAGAAUAAAAUUGUGAUGGUGUCAUUUGGAACAAAUAUGAAAAGCACCGACUUUAAGGACGAUCAAAUUGAUGUGAUAUUGAAUGCUAUGGAAGGGCUUCCUCAGUAUGAUUUCAUUUGGAAAUUCGAUGUGAAAUAUUUGAAAAAGCAACUUCCGGGUAAUGUGUUUGUUAGGCCAUUUUUGCCACAAAGUGAUCUUCUGGCUCAUCCGAAGAUAAAGGCUUUUGUUACACACUGUGGAGCUCUAAGCACGCACGAAUCUAUUUUUCGAGGUGUUCCUAUGAUUGGAGUUCCAUUGUAUUUCGAGCAACACCGAAACAUCCAAAGAUCAAUUUUGUCAGGCAUAGCCGUAGAACUUGACUUCCGAACCAUGACUACCAUUGAACUAAUCAAUGCCAUCAAGAAUGUUGUGGAAAGCCCUCAAAUUGCAGCCAAUAUCAAACGAAUUUCAGCUGAAUUCCGUGAUCGACCCAUAAAACCUUUAGAUUUGGCAAUUUGGUGGACGGAAUAUUUGUUACGAAAUCCGAACCCUGUUCAUCUUGAAUCACCAGCCGCAAAGUUAAACAUAUUUCAAGCCAAUUCCCUGGAUAUUCUCUUUGUUCUAUGGACUUUUUUGGCAUUGUUCACCUGGAUUACUGUCAAAGUUCUUCUAUUGAUUUGGCGAAAGUUGAGUCCUCAAAGCAAUAUCAAAAGAACAUCAAAACUAAAGACCCAUUAAUCAGCCAUUACGUAAUUAUUUUGAUUUCACUAUGCGAAGCCAAUUCAAUGUGAUGGAACAUAAAUAAUCAGCUAAUUAUAUUCGAAACAAACAAACCUUAAAUUAACAAAAAAUCAAAUCUUUUUGUAUAAAGAUUGAAGAAUAUACAAAAAAAUGAUGCCUAAGUUCUUUUACAAAUUUGGUCAAAAGCCUCUAAUUUAACAAAUGAACGUGUUGGAGUAGAAUUUUGUGUGUUUUCGUUUUGUUUUUAAACUUUUUUAUUGGUGAAAGUUCGUUGACUUGCUUGUUUUUAUUUUUUAGCAUAAACUUUUAUUUCUUAAAAAAUAGUGAGCAAUCAUCAAAAUAGAGGUGAAUCUUUUUUUUUUGAAAAGAAUUCUUGAUUGCAAAGUCAUCUAAAUAAAUACGCACUUUUGUAAUAAAUUCUAUUCAAAUUAAGAUUGAACUAGAUUUUGCAUCGUGAAGAAAGGGGGAGAUUUUUUAAAAAUAUAGUUUUCUUAAUUAAAAUUGAUGUGAAUUCAUAAUUUCUAAUUAAAGUAUGAAUGAUUUUUGUUUGUUUGUUUUA